AUGGCCGACAGCUCGGUCCACUCUCGCCCCAUGGCAGCCCAGGGCGCAGAGGAUGGAGAAGAAGACCUGGAGGACGUUGAAAAUACUGACCAAGACUACGCACAGGAUCGCGAGAACGAUAGCGAGUUUGAGGCGACCGAGGAGGAUUUGUUUCAGGGUGGUCUCUACGAACCAUCCGUCCGGAUUCAAGUCCAGGGGAGUGAAGAAGAGAGUGAAGGGCCGGGAGGCGAUGGAGUGCGCCCACGACCCGGUGCACCCGAAGAACGGUGCGAGGCGAGGCUCUACGGCUUCUCCAUCACACUAACCAAGGACUGGAUCAAGGAUGCUCGGGAUUAUCUCAAAGUCAAGCUGAAGGAUCUGAACGACGAGCAAGUCGCAGGGUGCAGCAUUCGAAAGAUUCGACUUGGAAACCUGUUUGUCCGCAUGACGCGGAGCACAUCACACCUCGACGAGUAUCUAGACGUUUUCAUACUCGUCGUUGUUUCCAGGAAGUCGAAGACCAACCCCAACAACAAGCUGAGUCAUCAGUUUCUUGCAAGGCAUAGGGACUGGCGGCUCUGCGAAAUGGGCCAUGUGUUCCUGUGGCUUUAUUUCAUCUACGACCUCGUUCCUCUGCGCUACGACCCCGGUAUCGUCGAGCCUCUCGACUUUUCUGAACCGAUCUUGUGGACGAAAGCGCACCUCUUCUUUUCUUUGAAGAAGGGCGACCAGGGAAAGCAGAAGCAAGACGAGAUGCACUACAAAACGCAUAACACCUGGAUUAAGUGGGCCAUGACGAAGGCGAGAUGGAUUCUGAGCAAGGUAACACAUGCAUUCCGCAGAUCCGGAGCGCAACAACUCCAUGACGACGGUUGCUCCGACAACGAUAUCGGCAGUCUGGGCGGAUGGGCGCAGGGGGAGUUGCGGAGGUGUUAUGUGUUCGGCAUACCGUUCAAGCCGGUCGAAGAAUGGAACGUUGCGCAGACCGAUCCGCUGAAGAGGCACUAUGCGGGGGCGAGGUUCCUAGACACCCUCGCGAGCAUCGGACGCCUCGUUGUUGCACAGGAUCUGGCUAUGAUGUGGGCGUUCUGCCAUCAGCACGGCGUGAGAAACCCGCGGUGCAAUUGCGAGAGGCAUCCAUAUGUGCAGAUGAGCCCCUUGUGCAACCACCCGCUGUUCCAAAAGUGGGCGUACCUGGUCGCUAUCUCUCACUUCCAGGGCGAGAAGCUUCGGGCAACCGGCCAAACCACCGCCAAAGCAGACGCUAUUUUUCGCACGACCGCAGAAGAGAAGCUGCAUAAGAUGCACCUCACCGCCAAUAUGCUCAGGGAGGAGCUUGGGAUUUUGAGAGGACGUGAAAUGCAGUUGGCGAUGGAGAACGCUGAACUGAGGGAGAAACUCGCCGCUGAGCGAGAGGACAAGGCUCGGGUCAUUGCAGAGUUCGAAGCAUACAAGAGGUCUGUUGCGGCCAAGGAUGACGCGGCAAACACCUCUGCAGAGAUCGACGGAUCGUCGAAGAGCGCGGGAACAGGAGGAAACCAGGCAACGGACGCAUCCAAAGCACCAGUUGCCGUCGAAGAAUUCUUCGUCGUGGUCGUUGUGUCUUGGCGCGAAGCUACCACUGUUGCUGCUGCCUGGAAAGUGUGGGUGCAGCCAAGCCUCAUCAUGGGCGGCCGGUCACUGCGCGAAGUCUUUGCAGAGUUCGACCGGUAUAAGAAGGACAAGAAUUCCAGCUUCAUCACCGCAUAUUCCCGGUUCGCUGUCAAAGGUACGCCCGGGAUGGCUGUGGGUGCAUGCGAGCGAAAGAUGCGUCGCGUGCAUCGUGUCAUGGUUUCCGUGGAGACGCUAAGAAAAGACAGCUCCGAGGCGGCGACCGCAACGGCCAUUAAGCUGCUGGACGAGGUUUUACUCGUGUGCAACUUCACGGAAUUCACCAACGGCGUGGCUGUGCUGCAUGAGACUCCGACCAUCAAGAAACAGAAGACCGGUUCGUCGACGGAAAAGAGGACCGUCAACGACUUGGCGCAACGCAGAGUGGGCUGGCUGUUAGUCAAGAAGGGCCUUCGCGACCAGGAGUGGGCAACUUCGCUGUUUGGUGAUGAUGAGUGGGAGGAGAUCCACAAGGAACACAUGGCGCAGGAGAAGGCGGAAGAGGAGAAACAACGAACCGCUGCGGCGAAGAAGGCGGAACGGGAAAAGGCGAAGGGCGAAGCGUCGAAACGCAAGGAGCAGAAAUGA